AUGGGCUGGUCAUACCUCGAGGUAUCCAUGGCGGAUUUGAUGAAACUGAUAAGAAACUUCAUUGAUAUGAUGAUUUUAGCCGCCGGUUAUCAGUCUACCGGCCGACCCGCGCACUGGGACUCUCACAACAUCAAGAAAAGCUUCCAGUGGGCGCUCUUUAUCGAGAAUCAGGGCCAUGCUCCUCUGUCGUGUGGUACCCUUUGUCAAGCCAAGGAUCUUCUGUUGAAGCGUUUAAUUCAUACCUUACCCCUUAGAGAAUCACAUUUAAAAGCUAUCACAUUAGCAUGUGUUGAAAUGGACCUUAGCAUUCAUAAGAGUAUAGACAGUGACUUCCUUGACAUCUACCUUGAAAAACUAAUGAGAAUCCCUUCAGAAGACAAGGAUCCGAGGGACUGCAAUUUUGUGGGUGGUGAUUUUAGUGUUUCAGCUGCUCAGCAGCUUGGGAGAAGGCAAGUGGCUGCAUCAUGCUUAUCUACAGCAGAGGCUGGUUUGGAAUGCAUUUGGAAAACUAUAGAGGAAUGCAUGCAAAACGAGCUUGGAAAUACACCCGACUCAGAACCAGCGAGGCAUCCGACAAGUUUAAUUGCAGGAGAGAUGCCACUUGAAUCAACUGUCUGGAAUUGUUGGAGAUCAAGAAGCUUAUCAUAUAUGCUUGACAAGCGAACUGUAAGGCUGAUAUCUGGUGCCAACUUAAUGUUCUCUGCCCCAGAUGGUCAAUGGACUCAAAUGUUUGAAAGACUAGAUGUUACAGCAGAGGCUGAUAAUUUAUCUGAAACAAUUGAACUCUUGUUAUUAGGAUGUGCUGCAGAUAGAUGGAGUGGUGCUAUUGAAUGUUUCAUGUCAGCUUCAUAUGAGUCCCUUACUAUCUCAAGGAUCCAUCAGGAAGUAUUCAGCUCACCAUUGGGAAAUGCUCUAAACCUUUUCUCAAAAGAGAGCCUCACAAAUCCUAAGGAAAAAGGUGUUGUGGACUACCUGGAAUUGUUACUCGGCAAUCAGAGCAACCAACUGUGGAAACUAUCUCCAGUCCUUGCAGCAGUUGCAAUUCCUUCAUGGUCACGGUUGUUCAGAUCUUACCUCCAUGAGCUAGAGAAUCAAUUCAGAGGAAAUUCUUUGGCAGCCAGGUUGGUUGAUAGGUCUUCUCUUCUAGGGGCUGCAAUUGCAAAGCUGAUGGUGUGGAACAUAGGGAAUGUAUAUCUCUUUAAGUUUCUCAUCACGUGUGAGGUAGCUGAGAGAAUGUGGUGCCUUUACAUUCUUCAUGCUGCAUCUGGACGAGCGGUUGUUUCAUGAUUGCUAGUUACUUUUUUUAAUGGUUAUGAAGAGCGGGCAGAGUAGAGAAAGGAAGCCAGAUGUAAAGAGGUUCGGUUUUCUGCCUUUCAUUGAAGUACCAAUCGUACUUUUGGUUGAAUUAGUUGUGUUUUUUUUAUUGUAUAUGCAAAUCCAAUGUUUAAUUUUGAUUGUGCAUCUCAUUCUUGUAAGCAUUUUUAGAGUAACGACAGGGAACAAAUUCAGAUUGUUGCUUGUGUAUGCAAUGCCUGCUAUUGUUCAUGACUCCAAGUAAAACUCUUUACAUAUUGUAAAAGGGCCAGGGUUAAUAAUUCUAAUUUUUACUAUAGCUAAGUACCUUAUAUUGUAUGCUUACAUGCAGUGUUUCAAACAAUCACUUCCAUAUUCUAUUUUAAUUUUCCAAUGCAAUCCAGAAGUCGUCGAGGAAUAAGUGAUAUGGAAUAUCAACUACAUUACCAGGAAAAAUCUUAUUCCCAUUGGCUCUGCUGAUAAUAAGCCUCUUAAUUGGCUUAGGCUCAGCAGAUUGGAACAUUUUGAACCAGAGAAAGAAAACUGCAUUUGGCAGCAGCUUGAAGAAUUACUGUGAGAGCUGGAGGUUAAAUGUGGAGUUGAACAACAUAAGAGGAUUUGAGGUUGUCCCUCAAGAAUGUACAAGCUACAUUGGAAAAUACAUGACCUCAACUCAGUACAAGGCUGAUUGUCAACGGGCCAUCGAAGAAAGUCAGCUGUAUUUGAGUAGCUGCUGCAGUUUGAAAGGAGAUGGAAAAGAUGCAUGGAUCUUUGAUGUUGAUGACACUCUACUUUCCACCAUGCCGUACUUCAAGAAGCAUGGGUUCGGGGGAAAUAAGCUUAAUCUUACAUCUAUAGAAGGAUGGAUGAAAAGUAGCAAAGCACCAGCACUCGACCAUACACUACGCCAUUUCCACGAAAUAAAAGAAAAGGGGUUUAAGAUAUUUUUGAUCUCGACUCGAAGGGAGUCUUUGCGAGAUGCCACUGUUGACAACCUUAUCAAGGAGGGCUAUCAUGGAUGGUCCGGUCUUGUACUUAGGGGUCUUGAGGAUGAAAUCAAACAAGUACAGAACUACAAAGCUGAAGCAAGAAAGAGAUUGGUUAAGGAAGGGUAUCGUAUUUGGGGCAUCAUUGGUGAUCAAUGGAGCAGUUUUGACGGGACUCCCAGUGCUAAAAGAACAUUCAAGCUCCCAAAUUCCUUGUACUACGUAUCGUGAAUGCUUGGGUUUUGUAAUAAGAGGAGCUUAUCGACAUAAUACACUUUUUACGAGCCUAAAUUAAAUGCUUUUGAAGUUGUGCGCCUUUGUCUUUUUGGACAAAUGUGGAACUUUUGUUGGAAGAAGUUGAGAUAUAUGUUCUUCAUGAAAAAACUAAAGAAGCUGGAGGGGUUCAAUGCAAUCGAUAUGGAUUUGUCCAUUUUGAGAUAAUCUACCAUUUUGAUUGUUUCGAUUUUAGCUUAUAAAAAAUGUGUCUCAGUUUAGUCUGGUUUAUAAAUUGAAUGGAGCUUUGUAAGAUAUUUCAAUUUUUAAUUAUUAUAAUAAUUAUAUUUCAGAAUUUU